GAGUCAGGCGGAGCAGCCCGCGCUACCUGACAGCUGUGAGCCAGGCGGUGGCGUUGGCAGCUAGGAGAGAAGGCGGUGAAUCCCGAGAGUGAAGUGACUGGCCCAGGAUCACAAGUCCAGAAACCGGAACUCCUCACUUGGAGGGUCUGAAAAGAACUGAAGAAACUGACAAACCUGGAUGGAUACGCCUGACCAGAGAGUGGUCUCUAAACCCCAGAGACCUGCUCAGGCACUGAAGGGGAGUGGGGCCUGCCUGGGUCCCCUGGACAACCUGGAGUUUAAGGAGAGCCAGGAGCUGGUGCAGGCAGAGCUGGCCAUGCUGAAGAAGGCACAGGAAUUCUUCCAGACCUGUGACACAGAGGGCAAGGGCUUCAUCGCCAGGAGGGAUAUGCAGAGGCUCCAUAAAGAGCUGCCCCUCAGCCUGGAGGAUCUGGAGGAUGUGUUUGAUGCGCUGGAUGCUGAUGGCAAUGGCUUUCUCACUCCAGAGGAGUUCACCACUGGGUUUAGUCACUUCUUCUUCAGCCAGAACAAACCAAGCCAGGGAGAUGCAGGUGAACAGGUGGCCCAACUCCAGGAAGAGAAGGUGUAUCAGUCCAGAGCAGAAGAGGAUCUGGGUGACAUGGAUGAGGAUGAAGAAGCCCAGUUUCAGAUGCUGAUGGACAAACUUGGAGCCCAAAAUGUUUUGGAAGACGAAAGUGAUGUCAAGCAACUCUGGCUGCAGCUGAAGAAGGAUGAGCCUCACUUACUGUCCAACUUUGAGGAUUUCCUGACCAGAAUCUUCUCUCAGCUCCAAGAAGCCCACGAGGAGAAGAACGAACUAGAGUGUGCCCUGAGAAAGAAGAUAGCUGCUUAUGACGAAGAAAUCCAGCAUCUCUAUGAGGAGAUGGAACAGCAAAUCAAAAGUGAGAAGGAACGGUUUCUCCUGAAAGACACGGAGAGGUUUCAGGCCCGCAGUCAGGAGCUGGAACAGAAGCUGUUGUCUAAGGAGCAGGAGCUGGCACAGCUCAUCCAGAAGCAGAAACGGCUGGAAGGCCAGUGCACAGCCCUGCAUAAUGACAAGCAUGAAACCAAGGCCGAGAAUGACAAGCUGAAACUGACCAACCAAGAGCUAGCCAGGGAGUUGGAGCGGACAUCCCAGGAGCUGCAGGGUGCCCAGCAGCAGCUGGAGAGCCUCCAGCAAGAGGCCUGUAAGCUCCAGAAGGAGAAGGAGAUGGAAGUGUACCGCGUGACAGAGAGUCUGCAGCGGGAGAAGUCAGGGCUCCUGAAGCAGCUGGAUUUCCUCAGGGAAAGGAACAAGCACCUUCGGGAUGAAAGGGACAUACGUUUUCAGAAAGAUAAGGCAGCCAAGGCAAACACAGCUGCUUCCAAGGCAAGCAGGAAACAGAGAUCUGGCUCUGUGAUAGGCAAAUACAUGGACAGCGCAGGGAUUCUUAGAAGCCAGUCAGAGGAGGAAGAAGAUGGGAUUGGCACACAGAGGAGGAGAAGCUCUCUGGGCCUAAGUGGGUAUCCCCUUACAGAAGAAGAGCCAGGAACCAGGGAGCCAAGGGCUGGGGGUCCAGUCCCCCAGGUGCUCCGCAGAAUCAUCUCCAUUGAGGAAGACCCCCUGCCCCAGCUCCUGGAGGACAGCUUUGAGCGGCCACUGAGCAGAUGCCCAGAAGAGGAGGGGGUCUUUGACCAGGGGCGGCAAGGGCAAACCCAGAAGGCCUGCCCUUCUCAGCUCAUGCUCACAUCUCCCCGAGUGCAGCCUAUUGGGAAGGAAGCCCUGUCUAAGGAGGAAGGCUCUCCCUCUACCCCAGACCAGCUCUUCAAGAUUGUGUUUGUGGGCAACUCCAGUGUAGGGAAGACAUCCUUUAUCAGGAGAUUCUGUGAUGACCAGUUUUCCUCCAGCAUGACGGCCACCGUGGGCAUCGAUUACCGUGUGAAGAUGGUGCAUGUGGGUGACUCACAGGUGGCCCUGCAGCUGUGGGACACAGCUGGGCAGGAGAGGUAUCGUUGCAUCACCCAGCAGUUCUUCAGGAAGGCUGAUGGUGUCAUCGUCAUGUAUGACCUCACAGACAAACAGUCCUUCCUGUCGGUCCGGCAGUGGCUGAGCAGUGUGGAGGAAGCUGUGGGAGACCGCAUUCCUGUGCUUCUGCUGGGCAAUAAAAUUGACAACGAGACAGAGCGGGAAGUUCCCCGAGGCCUCGGAGAGCAGCUUGCCAAGGAGAACAAUCUGAUCUUCUAUGAAUGCAGUGCCUAUUCUGGUCACAACACCAAAGAGUCCCUGCUCCAUCUGGCCAGGAUCCUCAAGGAGCAAGAAGACACCGUGAGAGAGGACAUCGUUCAGGUUGACCGCCCGGUCAAGAAGAAAUCCUGCUGUGGCUGAUGGUCACCUCCCAGGACUGUUCCACCCAGGCCUGGAGUCACAGGGCCUACAGUGAAUCCAGCACAUGGCCCCUGCACAGAUGCCCCUACCAAGCCCAGCCCAGACCUUUGUCCCUGACAGUGACUUGCCUCCCCAGUAAGGAAGGGGAGUACCUCCAGUCAGGAAAGCUGCUGUUGGAGCAUCUUGGAGUCUCUUCUCACCCUACUUUCUCUAGACGCCAGAUGCCCAUUCCUUUCCCCUCUUCCCCCACCCCUCCAGCUUGAUUUCCUGGGAAAAGAAACAGAUGGGCUUUUCCAGAAAAGCCACCAUGUGCCUUCUCCACCUCCCUUCUCCCCCCCACCCCUUGCCUUUAGGAGCCUCAGCACUGCAGUUGCCACGGUAACUGUGCAGGGCCGACUUGCCGCUUCCUGCAGGCCGCAGAUACAGAAACUCAGGCAAUGAAUGUGAGCGCGGUUGGUCUGGCUUUGGCUCCUGUUCUCUGGAUGCCAAUGGGACACUCUUGGCAUAUGCAUCAAGGACCUCGAGAUGCCCGCAUGGUGUCGAGGAGAGCAAACCAGAAUACCCACGUCCUCUUCUCCACUCCUCAUCCCCCUCCCCCUGGGGUCC